GUAAAAUCAUCGCAUAUUAAUUUUCAUUCUUUCUCGCUCUUUUUUCGCUCCUUUUAUCACAGCCACCGCCUUCAAAACCCCUCUUUUCUUUUCUUUUCUUUUCUUCCUCCGCUAGGGUUAGGGUUUUACUCAAUUUCAAGAUUCGAUCUCGAUCCAUGGAUAUGCGCAAGAGAGGAAGACCCGAACAUGGAUUCAACAACAAUGGGGGAUUCAAGAAAUCCAGACAUGAAAUGGAGUCCUUAUCAACUGGUGUAGGAAGCAAAUCGAAGCCAUGUACCAAGUUUUUCAGCACUUCUGGCUGCCCAUUUGGUGAGAGCUGCCACUUCUUGCACCAUGUUCCUGGCGGUUAUAAUGCUGUUUCCCAGAUGAUGAAUCUAACACCUGCAGCACCUCCUGCACCCAGAAAUGUUCCAGCCCCACGAAAUGCACAUGCACCCAAUGGGUCUGCACCAUCUGCUGUUAAAAGCCGCAUAUGCAGCAAGUUUAAUACUGCUGAAGGCUGCAAAUUUGGUGACAAAUGCCAUUUCGCACACGGAGAAUGGGAACUUGGUAAGCCUGUUGCUCCAUCAUUUGAUGAUCACCGUCACAAUGACCACCGUCACAUGGGACCCCCCAAUGCUGGCCGUUUUGGCGGUCAUCGGAUGGAGCCUCCUCCUGUUCCAGCUAGCUUUGGUGCCAAUGCCACUGCCAAGAUCAGUGUUGAAGCCUCCCUGGCUGGAGCUAUCAUUGGUAAGGGUGGUGUGAACUCAAAACAGAUCUGUCGUCAAACUGGUGCCAAACUUGCAAUUCGAGAGCAUGAAGACCCAAAUCUGAAAAACAUUGAACUUGUGGGAACAUUUGAACAAAUUAAGGAUGCAAGCAACAUGGUGAAGGAUUUACUGUUGACCCUGCAAAUGUCUGCACCACCUAAAUCAAACCAAGGCCCCCCUGGCCAUCAUGGCGCCCCUGGCCAUCAUGGAAACAACUUGAAAACAAAGCUGUGUGAGAAUUUUGCAAAAGGAUCUUGCACUUUUGGAGAUAGAUGUCAUUUUGCACAUGGAGCUGUUGAAUUGCGUAAAUGAAAAUUUUACCUCAAUGAGGCGGUGCACUGUCGUGUCAGACAGGACUAUAUUUUUAUUUUUAAUAUUGUUGUGCAUUGCUCCUUAGGGUACUGACAGGACUUAUGAUGUUAAGAGUUUUGUUGUUUGAUUCCUUUAAAUAGCAACAUUAGCUUUUCAAUUUAAUUUUUCCCUUUAUUAUGAAUCCAUUAUCUCCUCUCAUCAGAUUGUUGACUGUACCCGUAGCAGCAGUAGUGUUUUGUUUUCUCAUAUGCCCUGCACUGAACUGAUCAUAGUUCCAGUUUUAUGAAUUUGAUGUUGAGGAUAAAUUUUAUUUUA